AUUAUAAAAUAACAUGGUCAAGGGAAUCUCCUGCCAGGACAGUCAAAUGGCUAUCAAGCAAUUCUUGAUUGCUGGAAGAAAAUUGCCAAGCAAGAACGAGCCAAACCCACAAAUCUACAAGAUGAGAGUGUUUGCCAAGAACUCAGUCCUCGCCAAGUCUAAAUUCUGGUACUUCCUCAAAAAGCAGAGAAGAAUUAAGAAGGCCAACGGAGAAAUUUUGGCUGUCAGCGAAAUCUUCGAGAAGAACCCAACCUCAGUUAGGAAUUAUGGUAUUGUUGUGAGAUACAGAUCCAGAACUGGAAUUCACAAUAUGUACAAGGAAUACAGAGAUGUAAGCGUAUGUGGAGCAGUUUCCCAAAUGUACAUGGAGAUGUCUGGAAGACACAGAGCUGUUCAUGACACCAUCCACGUAGUCAAAACUGUUGUCGUAGAAACUUCAGAGUUGAGAAGACAGAAGACUAUUGUAAAUGCUUCUAACAAGGCUGUCUUCCCAAAGACCAAGCUCACUUUCCGUGCCUCAACCCCAGGAGAGAAGGCCGUAUUCCUCGCCAAGAGACCAAACACUGCUAUCGCAUAAGUUUAGA